AUGGCCGCCGUGUCUCCACCUACCAGAUGCCAGACGUCGGUGACAUUUGAAGAUGUGGCCGUGACUUUCACAGAUGAAGAGUGGAGGCAACUGGUCCCUGUGCAGAGGGCACUCUACAAGGCAGUGAUGCUGGAAAACUAUGAAAGCAUCAUCUCACUGGGGCUUCCCGUGCCUCGACCUGACGUGAUUCUUCAGUUGAAGAGAAAGGAUGGGCCAUGGACACAGGGUCGUCAUGGAUCUGAGGAGAAAGAAUGGCCAGAGAGUGUCUCUCUAGACUGGGAGACUAAGCCUGAGAUCCUAGCUGCUUCAGAAGGAACACUGAGAGAAAGCCAUAGAAGGUCAAGUCCUCUCUGCCCUAAACUUGAAGUUCGAGCCCUAGCAGGUGGGGUGGAAGCAGAAAAGGGAAGUCCUAAAGCAGAGACUGGCAAGAAACCCUUUCCCUCGGACAAAAGCUUGCAGCGAAGGUCAGCCCCAUCCAAGAAAACCCUCGGCAAGCACCAUGACCAGGAGUGCAGGGACUGUGGGAAGACCUUCUCUGACCGUUCAUCCCUCCUCCGCCACCAGAGGACUCACACCGGCGAGAAGCCCCAUGACUGUCCUGAGUGUGGGAAGGCCUUCAGUCACAGGAGCAGUCUCAGCAGACAUCUGAUGGCCCACACAGGAGAGAGCCCGUAUGAGUGCAGUGCGUGUGGCAAAGCCUUCUUUGACCGAUCAUCCCUAACCGUGCACCAGCGGAUUCACACAGGAGAGAAGCCUUUUAAAUGCAAUGAGUGUGGCAAGGCCUUCUUUGACCGAUCAUCCCUUACUCGCCACCAGAGAAUUCAUACUGGGGAGAGUCCCUAUGAAUGUCAGCAGUGUGGGAAAGCCUUUAGCCAGAAAAGCAUCCUCAGUCGUCACCAGCUGAUCCACACCGGCAGGAAGCCCUAUGAAUGCAGUGAGUGUGGGAAAGCGUUCUAUGGUGUCUCCUCCCUAAACAGACACCAGAAAGCACAUGCUGGGGAACCACACCAUCAGUGCAACGAGUGUGGCAAAGCUUUCUUUGACCGCUCUUCUCUCACACAGCACCAGAAGAUACACACUGGAGACAAGCCAUAUGAGUGCAGCGAGUGUGGGAAAGCCUUCAGCCAGAGGUGCCGGCUCACACAGCAUCAGAGAGUUCAUACAGGGGAGAAACCCUUUGAGUGUAGUGUGUGUGGAAAAGAGUUCAGCUUCAAGUCCUCAGUUAUUCAGCAUCAGAGGCGUUAUGCCAAACAAGGGACAGACUGACCGGGGGAGACGCAGGGGCUACACAAAGGGCCUUCCUCUAACUUGGAAGGUCUCCUUGUCAUCUACAAACCCAGCAUUUGCUCAUUCUGCCUCCUCUGGCUGCCCUCAUCUGUCCCACUUCUGCUCCACAGUGUCUGAGUAAACAGCAUACCUACUGUGCUACAGAACUAAUGUGGAGUGCAGAAACUAAAACGUGAAUCUCCAGAUUCAAAAUUUUGGACAGAGGCUGGGUGUAGCUCAGUGAUAGAAUAGCACCUAGUAAGUAUGAGGCCUGCUGUUCAAUCCCCAGCACUGCAAAAGGAAGUUGGGAGAGAUUGUCAGACAGCAGGACAGAUGUUAGGAGGGGACUCUGCAGACAUAACCUUAGGAGAACAUAGGCCCCAGGAGGAGGAGGGGACUCUGCAGACAUACCUUAGGAGAACAUAGGCCCUAGGAAGAGGAGGGGACUCUGCAGACAUAACCUUAGGAGAACAUAGGCCCCAGGAGGAGGAGGGGACUCUGCAGACAUACCUUAGGAGAACAUAGGCCCCAGGAGGAGGAGGGGACUCUGCAGACAUACCUUAGGAGAACAUAGGCCCUAGGAGAGGACUCUGCAGACAUAACCUUAGGAGAACAUAGGCCCCAGGAGGAGGAGGGGACUCUGCAGACAUACCUUAGGAGAACAUAGGCCCUAGUGGGGGAGGGGACUCUGCAGACAUAACCUUAGGAGAGCAUAGGCCCUAGGAAGAGGAGGGGACUCUGCAGACAUAACCUUAGGAGAACAUAGGCCCUAGGGGGGGAGGGGAAUCUGCAGACAUAACCUUAGGAGAAUAUAGGUCCUAGGAAGAGGAGGGGACUCUGCAGACAUACCUUAGGAGAACAUAGGCCCUAGGAGAGGACUCUGCAGACAUAACCUUAGGAGAACAUAGGCCCCAGGAGGAGGAGGGGACUCUGCAGACAUACCUUAGGAGAACAUAGGCCCUAGUGGGGGAGGGGACUCUGCAGACAUAACCUUAGGAGAGCAUAGGCCCUAGGAAGAGGAGGGGACUCUGCAGACAUAACCUUAGGAGAACAUAGGCCCUAGGGGGGGAGGGGACUCUGCAGACAUAACCUUAGGAGAAUAUAGGCCCUAGGAAGAGGAGGGGACUCUGCAGACAUAACCUUAGGAGAACAUAGGCCCUAGGUGGGGAGGGGACUCUGCAGACAUAACCUUAGGAGAGCAUAGGCCCCUUGUCACUGCACUUGAAAUAGCUGCAGGCUAUUAUGAGAGGGAAUGUCACAAUUGUGGGAGAAGACCAUUUUCUCCAGAAGUUUCUAUAGCUUUUAGUCCUGAAGCUUUUUGGAACGCAGACCUUGUUUUUUUGUGCCCUCAUUUAGCCCUCCUUGGACUAGUAGUAGUGGUAGCCCUUUCUAGGCACUUAUCUGGGCCAACACUCAGCAGAGGGUUCUGGAGGGCUGGAUUGACUGACCUCUAGGUUUGUGAAGCAGGGCUUUUGCUUGCUCUUUCAGAUGAGCACACUGAAGUUCAGAGAGAUUAAGUGAUAUACUCUGGGUGACACAAGGUGAAGCCAGGUUUCUUAGUUACUUUUCCAUUGCUGUGUAGAGACAUGAUAACCAGGGCAACU